UUUAGAGGUACACAUGUAGAGGUGGUGGGUAUAAAACUGUUAGAUUGUUGGACAUGCCGCACACAACACCACAUCAGCCAUGAGAAGCGCGGUACUGGUGGUAGCUCUGCUAGCGUCCGCAGCGGCGGAGGCUCCGUACCACUUGCCACGGCCCGCCUUCCACGCACCCUCCUUCAGCUAUGGGCACCCUGCGCCGCCCCCGCCCCCGCCCCCGCCCCCGCCACCGCCCGCACCGCCUGCGCCCUUCCCCCAGCUUCCUCACCCCCACGUGCAGCAAGCGUUUCAUGCUCCCCCCGCGCCACAACCUAACUUUAUCCAAUCUGGAUACAAUUACGCUCAGCCAAUACCUUACCCUCAAAUUCAAUACCAUCAACAACAAAUUCAGCAACCACCUCUCCCACAAAUAUCAUAUAAUGCACCAUCCCUCCCUGUGAGCUAUCCACGACCCCAACAAAUUUACCACCAACCUAUUCCUUCCUAUAGUCAACCUCAAGCACAUCCCUCAUUUACCUAUGCACCCCAAUUUCCCGUAGAACCAAUACGACCUCUACCAGCUUUUGUAGCACCUCAGCAAUACUCUCCCAUAGCACAGCAAUCAGGUCAAGACUAUGCAUACCAACAACCGCAAUCAUCACCUCCAUAUGUAUCUCAGUUACCAUUACAGUCCCAAUCUUUCAGCAACUUCCCAUCCUCAUCCCUAUCCAGUUAUCAAGCCGACUCAAACCAAUACAACACAGCUGCACAGAGUCAAACGCACAGUGAAGUUCUCGAUUCAACAGUAGUUAACCGUGUGCAAAACAUUAUUAAAGACAAUGAGCAUAAGUCUGCAAAAGAAGCGGGACUAUUGUCCCUAGUGUCCGGUGUGUCAUUAGAGAAUGCUAGACCAAGCGUAGAAAUAACAUCCUUCGUGCAGAAUUCAGCUGCUCCGAAUAGAGUUAUUGAUACAUCAUCGUAUUCAUCAAGUUCGUCAUCUUUAUCCGGUGCAUCUAGCCCGUCAGGAAGUCUGUCUUCAUUUGGUUUAACAAACAUUCAACCACAACAACAAAGUACAGGAGCAAUUAGUUUAAGUUUCUUACCUCACACACAGCCAGCCACUUCUUAUGGCCCACCGAAUUAACUGUGUUAUU